ACUCAAACACUCCACUCGUGUUCCCUGCGCCGUGGAAGUGUGCGCCACAGCAGAGCAGGAGCGCGGCAGGUUCAGCAGCGUCAGGCAGCAUCUGUCACCAGAGGACCACGACUCUUCCCAGUGCGCGAGCCCGACCCUCGUAGUUCCCAGUCCCGUCAACUCAGCCCCAGUAACUCAGCACCUCUCCGCCGGUGCGCCAGGACCCAGAGGAGCCUUUUCCGUUUCCAAAAGGCGACACCAGUCCCCCGGGGUCGAGAAGUCGCCUGUGUGUGUGUAAACCCUCCUCUACCCAGGGACCCGCAGAGAGAACCCGCCGCCCGCCCCAGCCUCAACUCCACCUGGAUAGCCGACUACAGCCGUCCCGGUUCCCCGGUCCGAGCUCCAGCGUGGAGAGACGGUGCGGAGGAGAGCUUAGUGCGGAACGGAGCAGGAGCAGGAGCAGGAGCAGGAGCAGGAGCGAGGUGCGGAGCAGAAGACAGGAUGAAUCUCAAGAGUCAUUUGAUUUUCACCCUCUACACUAUUUACGGGAUUCUUCUUAAAGUGAUGGCUUCAAAAGGCAAAGUUCGAGGCGUCAGCGGUCAGUACCCUCUGGUUCAAAAUAUGACGGUGACGGAGGGUGGCACGGCGAACAUGACCUGCCGCGUGGAGUAUAAUGACAACACCUCCCUCCAGUGGUCAAACCCGGCACAGCAGACCCUCUUUUUCGGGGACAAGAAAGCUUUAAGAGACAACAGGAUUGAGCUGGUGCAUGCGUCGUGGUCGGAGCUGACCAUCAGUAUCAGUGACGUCACGCUGUCGGAUGAAGGCAUGUACACCUGUUCCCUCUUCACCAUGCCCGUCAGAACGGCCAAGGCCUACCUGACAGUUCUCGGUGUGCCCGAGAAGCCAGAGAUCGAUGGCUUGACGAAGCCCGCCCUGGAGGGAGACCACAUCACUCUGACCUGCAUCACUCAGGGCAGCAAGCCCGCCGCCGACCUGCGCUGGUUCAGGAAUGAGAAGGAGGUCAAAGGUGCCAAAGAGGUGAAUGCAAGUGGGAAGACAUUUACAGUACGGAGCUCCCUCCAGAUGUACGUGGACAGAAACGACGAUGGAGUGGCCUACACCUGCAAAGUGGACCAUGUGGCACUCACGCAGACACCGCAGCAGGCCACUGAAGUACUGGAGGUCCACUAUGCUCCUCGUGUGGAGAUCAUCCGCUCCCUUACAGUUCCUCAGGAGGGUCAGUACUUAAAGUUGGAGUGCGUGUCCAUAGGAAACCCUUCGCCAGAUCCUGUGACGUGGACAAAAGACGGGGGUGAAAUUCCUGACCUGGACCGGAUGAUUGUAGAGGGGAGGGAGCUCACCUUUACCUCACUCAACAAGACAGACAAUGGCACCUACCGCUGCGAGGCCACCAACCACCUAGGGACCAGCAGUGCUGAAUAUGUACUCUACGUCUAUGACGUUCCCACCACCCCGCCUCCAUCCACCACUCCCUCCCUACAUCCCAUCCCUCCAGAUACUACUGCACUAUUAGGCACCCACGCCUCAGACCCCACAGUCAUUGGCAACAGAGAUCCCAACGCUCUGGGGCAGCACGGCACUGACCAUGCCUUGAUCGGAGGGGUGGUGGCCGUCGUGGUCUUCGUCACCUUGUGUUUAAUCAUUGUUCUGGGAAGAUACCUGGCCAGGCAUAAAGGAACAUACUUGACAAACGAAGCCAAAGGAGCGGACGAUGCGCCCGACGCCGACACCGCCAUCAUCAACGCUGAGGGCAACCAUGCACACGCAGAAGAAAAGAAAGAAUACUUCAUUUAGACUGCAGGGGGAGCUAUGCAGCUCUCUCCUUCUCCCUCUUUUCCUCUUUCGGUCUCUGUAUCUCUUUUUCUCUCUUUCUCUCUCGGCCCCUUUUCUUCUUCUCCACCUCUGACCACUGCCCCGUCGCGACCACCAGGAACCCGCAGGCAGUCCACGGAUAGAGAAGUUUCCCGAGUGUUAUUGCCUUUUUUGUUAAGCCCAUUUCUUUCACUUACACCUCGUCCUUUAUUUCUUCCUCUUGUAUUCCGUUUCUUUUGACAGCCAGUUUUCACAGGCAGCUCCACCGUCGCUGCCGAAGUUUUGCCCUUUGUCACAUGUUUCCUCAUCUUUUGACAUGAGUUCCUGGAAAUCUGUGUAUCUGCCAUGACUGCUUCUUGCGUGUCCCCUCGUACGUCCUUCCCUCCCAGGCAGACAUCCAAACACACACGAAAUCCCCUUUGUUCACACACACACACACACACACACACACACACACACACACACACACACACACACACACACACGUCCACAGACACAUAUCAUGUCUCACAUCAACACGGUGCCUAAAAAUACAGACGCCAUUGAACUUCUGUCAAUGCCUUCAUGUAUCGUCUGUCGGUAGCAAUGUAAAUGCUUCUUCGAUGGUUCACCGGACCAUCAUUUCAUUGCUUAACUCACAGCUUUGUAUUAUGCAUUGCGUCUUUUUAUUUGAAUGAAGAUCUGUGCUGUUUUUACGCCUUAUACAUGUCUAUCACACUGAAUAUGGUACUUUUAGACGCUCCACCUCCCCCGCCGACCCCAUCCCCUCUAAAUAGACUUUGUAAUUAAACAGUUGACCCUUGUAAGAUACGAAGAAGGUUUUGUGUGACACUGUAGUGAGGUUUGUCAGAUGCGUGUGUAAUAUGAUUUUCAUUCUUAGGGGUAGGGUUAAUAAAAAAGGUAUUGUUGGUAUUGUUUAGAGCAGAGAAUACACACCAAAAAUAUAUGAAGGAUACUAGACGAAGCAUUCCAUCAAAUCAACUCAAUCAACUAUAUAUAAAAAAAAAAAUACAUUUGCUGAACCUGCUGUCGCUAUGUACUUUUGUCUGUAUAUUCCUGCACUGUCCCAGGCUGCAGUUUAGCGAAAACAUCUUCAGUGUCCUCUUGACAGCUUAACAGUAGUUUGUUGUUCACAUCAAGGGUUCAGGUGUAUCAAUCUCCUCUCUAAAAGCUGUACAAAUUGUUUCAGAGUGAGUUUAGCUUUUCCACUUUUCAAGACUUUUUGUUUUUGUUAAUGUGACCAUUUUUUUUCAAGCCCGAAGGACCCCAUGAAAUGUGAAGUGAACCAUCAGCAGAUAAUACAGGCUGAAGAGCACAAUCACAGUAUGCGCAGGAGGGUUGAAUGCGUUGAAUUAAAGCUAGGGUUGGUAAUCCUAGAGAAGCUACUGCAACUGAUCCUCCCAUCGGCCCUCACUUAACAGCUGUACACAUGCACCCGCUCGAAGGACAUUCUCACACGCAACAGAUUCCAAGUGACAGGUACACAGACUAAAGAGUGAAAGGUAGAUUCUCGUGUGAGAGAAAGGCCUCACAUUGCAUGGCACAGCGGUCUGCGUGGAUGGUAGAAAUGUUGUGGACCAUAGCGCGAGCAUGAGGCACGAGUGAGCAUGCAUCAAAUAGGGCUGCCACAGUCUAGAUAUUUAAUGGGAAACAAUGCGUCUAAGCUACACCCCCAAUACAUGGACAUGCACUGCCUGACAACUGCUAGAAGCCAAUGUUUCCAUCGCUCGCUAACUUUUAGCAUCUCUGCCUCAGUGGCGUAUGUCUCUCAGGCUAAAGACUCCGGUCAUCCUGUCUGAUGCUAAUUUCCAUUUCAUGGGGUCUUCAAGCUAAAAGUUAAAAAAAAGGAAAGAAAACAUAGUGUUGCUGGGUCACAGAUGUGCAGGGGCCUCCUUUCCAAAACUAGAAACUGACGACAAAACAUAGAAGCACAAAAAUGUCUGAAAGAGUAACAGUGUUACUAUUACUCGAUCAUCUUUGAGCUGGUUCCUCUGAUCAAAUGGGUCGUGGAAAGAUGACAAGGCUGUUUGAUUUAGUUCUUUUAGUUCAUACGGUGCAUCUUUUUUUUUAAGUGUAAGCUAAUUCAUGUUUUGUUUUUUUUAUUGAAAGAAAAAUGUUUUUUUUAUAUUUUUGGUUGAAGUGGUUUUUAGCUCCCUGCUGUAUAUUGUGUCUGCUAAAAAUGUGGUUGAUUGUGAAAAUUGCUGUUCUGGAUUCUGGAUUUCCGUAUUCCUUCAAAUUUGUAUAUUAGCCACCUUUAAUCAGUUUGCUUUGUUUUUAUUUUUGGUUCAUUUUUCAUUGCAUAAUCCUUAUUAGAAAUCUUUUUAAAGAAAUGUAUUUUUGUUUUGGCACAAGGCAUGUAUAUAAUGUGUGAGAACUAAAGUUUCGUAAUACACAUUA